AUGUCUUCCACCAUCAAGCAACCACCUUCAACACCACCAGCCCAAGAUCAACAACCCACCGCCCCACUCUCCAACAACACCCUCUUCACAACCCUCUGCCCCUCCUACGAAACAGCCUUCACCGACCUCCCCACCCGCGACAACUCCCUUGACUGGCUUCUCGCCAAGCUCGACGACCGCGACACCUUCCCGCCACACCCCCGCCCUUGGAUCCAUAACGCUUUACCUCCCCGCCUCCAGCGGAAACACAUUCUCGACAUAGGCAGCGGCACCGGCCGCCCCAUCUGCUCUGCUCUCGCCGAAGCAGGCCAUUCCGUCCUGGGAAUUGACCUAUGCCCGGCGAUGGUCGAGUUUGCAAAGAAAAACGUCACUUCAUUGUAUCCCGAUGGAAGGCGAGUUCCGCAGGAGAAGGCGCUAAGGGCUAAGCGCGAGAGCUGGGAGGAGGGAGAUCCGGCCGGGUAUCACGCGGUGACGGCAUAUUUCUCCUUGCUGGCCGGGUUUGAGACGCAGAAGGAGAUUCGGGAAGUGAUCAAGAAGGCGUGUUGGUGGUUGAGAGAGGGCGGGCUGUUUGUGUUCGGGACGGUGCCGAUGGAUGUCGAGGGGGAGGUGAUCGAGUGGAUGGGAAAGCCGGUGACUGUGUCGAGUUUAAGUCGGGACAAGGUGUUGAAAGCGGUUAGGGAGGUAGGGUUUGAAGUCGAGUGGGAGGUGACGAGGAAAUUUAAGCCGAAGGCGGUAGAGGCGGGGAUCUUGAAGCCUGAGGAUGCGGAAAAGGCGUGGGAGGAGGAGCAUUUGUUUGUUUAUGCGGUUAAGACGUGGUAUCCGGAUGAGUAG